GGGGGGGGGCCGACGACGCAAUGAUGUCAUCACGUCGCGCGCGGUUGAACUUUUAAAGAGAGGGAGGAUCGAGAGCGGAGUCGUAGCGAGGAUGGCAGCCGCCCCGGAGCUCGACUUCGUGGUGCGCAAGGCGCACGGACUCGCGGGCCGCGACCCGUGGGCGGCCAAGGCGUGGCUGCUCACGGCGAGAACCAUCUACCCCGGGGACUUCGCCAUACAGUUUGAAAUGUAUCUUCUGGAGAAGAAUGCUCAGCGAGCGACGGACGCGGCGCGGCUGCUGUGCGAGAUGUUUGUGCAGUUCCCAGAAAAGCCUCCGCUGUGGAGAGAAAUCAACUGCAUCACCUCCGCUCUGCGUGCGGAAAAUCCCGACGCUCAGACACAGUUCCUGCGCUGUGUGUUCGAGUGCCUGCCCGCCCCCGUGCAGUGCGACGUGCUGUACAAGUCGGCGGAGCAGCAGUACGGUGCGCUGCAGCAGGCCGAAGCGGUGAUGCUGCUGCUGCGACGCUUCCCCGACGCCGUCGUGCAGCACGGGGUGAAACUCGCCGAGACGCUGCUGGACUCCGAGAAGCAGGAAGGGCAAAACUCGCCCACCGGCUGUUUCCGAAAGCUCUUCGUGUGCGAGCUGUUGCCCGUGAUCUUGGGCACUCCGGACUUGUGCCUCCCUCGCCCGCUGCUCUACAAGUACCUCCUCAAGGCAGCAGAGUUCUACAUCACCACCACGGCGCGCACCAACCUGGGCGACUCCCCGCACCCCGUGGUCCCGGACUGCGGCGUGGUGGAGACCUGGUCCCGUCUCACUCAGCUGCUUCACACCAUCGGCUCUCGCUGCGACUGGCAGACCGACCGCCCAAACCGGCCGUGCGGGGAGGUGCUGCAGCGCGUGCGGGAGGCGGCGCGCUACGUGACCGGCGGGGAGGAGGAGGCGCAGAGGAACCUGCGCCAGCAGGUGGUGAUGACCGCUGCCAUCCUCUUCUUCCGCCACGCUCACGGCUACCUGAGCAGCGUCAUGCCCACGCUCUUCUCGGGCGUGAGCGGGGUGGGCGGGCUGGUGCUGCUGGAGGAGCUCCCUCAGCUGUUCGUGAGCGGCGAGCCCGACCGCGCCAAGCACGGCGGCGGCGGCGGCGGCAAGCGGCGCAAGCUGGAGGAGGCCGGCCAGAGCGCGGAGGAGGAGUACUACCGCAGCCGGCACGUGGCGGUGCCGAGCGGGCUGCUGCCCGGCGCGGCGGGCACGGCGAGCGCCGCCGACGUGCUGGAGAGCUUCCGCAUCGCACGCGAGGCCUGGGACGUGCUGCACGCUCACCCGGCACUCGAGAAGGAGUUCCUGUGGGUGCGCAUGCAGUGGAGAACUGAGACAUGGCCCUGGCUCCUUGCGUUCCUGUCCGACAUGCUCAUAUACCAGGGGCAGUACCGUCACGCCAUCGCCACUCUGCAGCAGCAGCAGGCCGGAGGUCAAGCCGGCGUCAAAGGUCAGGUGUGGGCAGAUGCCAAGCGCGUGCUGCUCCAGAUGGCGACGUGCCACCUCGCUCUGGGUGAACACCUGGCGGCGUGCGAGAGGGUGCUGGAGGUGGCGCCGACCGUGGCGCCGAACGCCACGGACGUGCCCAGGCUUGCCGACGAGCCGCCGUGCGUCAAACCCACCAAGUUCGCCAAAGGUUCAGACCUGCAACUCGUCCCGUGCACUGACCGCGCCGUCAUCUCGCACGGCGUGCAGAUCGUCCUCUCCUGCUUCAAGCCGCACGCGUUCAGCGAGGUGUCGCGCGACGACCUGGCGCUGGGUCACGUGAUCGUGAUGCUGCAGCACGAUUGGCCGAAGGGCGAGGCGCUGUUCCUGCGCGCCGUGGAGAGGAUCUGCCUGCAGGGCGGCCUGCAGUACGAGAACUUCUUCAACUACGUCACCAACGUGGACAUGCUGGAGGAGUUUGCGUUCCUCCGGACCCCGGAGGGGGGUCGCGUGCAGCUGGAGCUGCUGCCCAACCAGGCCAUCCUCACCAAGCAGCACACGGUGACUCGCGGCGUCACCAAGGGGGUGAAGGAGGACUUCCGCCUGGCCAUGGAGCGCCAGGUGUCGCGCUGCGCAGAGCCCCUCUUCACCGUCCUCCACCGCUUCCUUCUCAGCGAGCGCAACCUCCUCCUGCAGGGUCUCGGCUGAUCCUGCCCUCCGCUCCCCCCUCCCCAACGUCGCCCCCCCCCCCUCCCCAACGUCGCCCCCCCCCCUCCCCAACGUCGCCCCCCCCCCCACUCCCCAACGUCACCCCCCCCACUCCCCAACGUCGCCCCCCCCCCCUCCCCAACGUCGCCCCCCCCCUCCCCAACGUCGCCCCCCCACUCCCCAACGUCGCCCCCCCCCCCCCUCCCCAACGUUGCCCCCCCCCCCCACCUUCACCCAAUGCAGGAGUUUGUAUUUGUAAUGGUGACGUUUUAGAUGUUGCUACCGUGAGAUGUCUUCGUGCCCACUUAGCAACGUCCACCAGGCAUCUUGGGCGGCGCCGCGCAUGGCACCGCCGUGUCUAACGUGGCGGGGAUUUGUUUGACCAUACUUCACCACGCUGGUCAGUGCUGGUUAGUCGAAUGGGGGCGGGGGAGGCCCAGGCCCAGAUCGACUUUCGCUCGCCGCCGAUGUCAGCCGUGGGCGGAAAUCGUCGAGCAGUGGCGAGGGUUUGUGGCGUAGUGCACUAAACGCUGCGCCCCAUGCCGCUGGGAGUGUUGUACAUUGUGUCUCGUGUGGGCUGGGACAUGGUAGGGCCCAGAGAAAACCCACGAAUGUGAGAACACUCGCUUUGUCUUGUAUCAACUGCAUUGUAAAGUAAACGUUGGUUGUCUGCCUUAUG